AUGAAAUUUUCAACAGUGACACCAGUUUUAGUUCUUGCUGCUUUGUCACAAACCGCUGCCGCUGCCGGUGAGAGUGCUGCUGCCUCUGGAGCUGCCGGAGGUGCCUCCCAAGUCACCUCUGCUGCUGGCGGAGCUGCCAGUGGAGCAGUUGGUGGAGCCAGCGGAGUGGCUUCGUCGGGCGCAGCCGGUGCUUCAGGAGCUGCUGGCGGCGUCUCAGGAGCUUCCGGUGCAGGAGGCGCCUCGGGUGCUGGUAGUGCCUCCGGUGGUGCAGGUGGCGCCUCGGGCGGUGCAGGCUCCAAUGGAGCCGGAGGAGUUAGCACAGCCUCGGACGGUGGAGCAUCUGGCUCCCAGUCUGAAGGGGCCUCCUCCUCGGGAUCGAGCUCUAGCGGAGGAUCUGGAUCGGGUGCAGGAAAGCUCGAGUCUCACCCAUUCCUCCUCUCUGCAGGUCUUAUCGGGGCUUCUGCUCUUGUGGUUCUGCUCUAA